AGGGGACUGGGAGGCUGGUGAGGGAGUGGGACCCGGAUGCUGAUGCUGCUCGUGUCGGAUGAGGGGAAGGAAGAGGAGACAGAAAAGAGCGAUUUACGGGAAGAAAGAGAUAUUAAGGGAGGAGGCCUUCGCUCCCAAGGACCUUAGUAUUUUUUUGAAGAUCGCUAAGAAACUGUAUGUUUUUUUUUAAAGGAAAUCGUUGAAUGAAUGAAACUGGGACCGGCAAACGAGGAGGAACAGAGAGAGGGAAGAUGCUGUGAUAUGCGCCCUGGUAGAGAAGGGAGGGGGAUAGUGAGCAAGCGAGAGAGGGAGGGGGAGAGUACUACGCCGAAGAUGCUUGUUUUACUAGAAAUGCGUUUUUCCGCUUCAAAACCAACAAAGCUGGGCCUAGUUAAAGAACUGCAUUGCUUUGCAUCGGAUAGCAACCUCCCAGCAGUAAAAUAUUGACAUAUAUUGAUAGCCGUGCUUUAACAUGCCAGACUAGAGGGGAUGCGGACAGUGUAGUUGUUUUGUUGAUUAAAAUGAAGAAAAUUCCAGAUCUCUGACUGUUAUAUAACCCGGUGUUCUUCGAUUGCAUGGUAUCAAAUAUUUACCUGUAAAUAUGUUGGAUUAGACGUUAAUUAAGCCAUGGAAAGCGAUAUUCAGUGAGAUAAAGAGCAGGGCUGAGAAAAUAGGUGGCGAGAAGGGAGAGGGCUGGAAGGCUGAUAAAUGCGAUGUGCAAGUGCGGACGGGCACGCAGGCAUAAGAUUAAUAAUUGCGAUCAGAAAAUUAAUAAUCCGCGAUUGCUAUAUAUAUAAAUUUAGGCACAAUUGUUACUAACGCCAUCACUGUCUCUUAUAUAGGUAUUUUAAUUCUCUUAAGUUUACGUUGAAACCUCUACCCUUCACGUCGCUUGCUUCUAUAUCAUUCCUGUUCCCAUAACCCCUCGUUACUCCAUAAUUACCAAAACAACAAUGUACUCCUAUUUUGCUACAUCCGAAGCAUACCCUCUCUCCUAACGCCACAGUAUAGGCGGUAACGUUUUUUUCGGGAUGACUGCAAUAUUAAAUAAGAGAAAGUGAGGAGUAGGCCACGGGACACUAUUACAAGCUCCCCCGUCCCUCACUGUACAUUUGUAAUUUGUAAUGCCUUUGCACAAGCAGGCGAGGGCCUUUUACACAUCAGUCUUAAAAACCUUAUAAUCACGAUUUUUUUUAAAUUGUCGUUAUUUACUGUGAAACGUAGACGAACAGCAUGUCCAGUAAAGACCUGUCUGGGAGUCACUCGGCUCAGUAUGUCGGGCCUUACCGACUGGAGAAAACGCUGGGGAAAGGACAGACAGGUUUGGUGAAGCUGGGAGUUCACUGUAUUACCGGACAAAAGGUUGCAAUAAAAAUAGUGAACAGAGAGAAGUUAUCGGAGUCAGUGCUGAUGAAGGUGGAGAGAGAGAUCGCUAUUCUGAAACUGAUAGAACAUCCGCAUGUGCUGAAGCUGCAUGACGUAUACGAGAAUAACAAAUAUCUGUACUUGGUGCUGGAGCACGUGUCGGGCGGGGAGCUGUUUGACUAUCUGGUGAAGAAGGGCAGACUGACGCCUAAGGAGGCCCGCAAGUUCUUCAGGCAGAUCAUUUCAGCUCUGGACUUUUGUCACAGUCACUCCAUCUGCCACAGAGACCUGAAGCCCGAGAAUCUGCUGCUGGAUGAGAAGAACAACAUCCGUAUCGCUGACUUCGGUAUGGCCUCCCUGCAGGUGGGAGACAGCCUGCUGGAGACGAGCUGUGGAUCCCCACAUUAUGCCUGUCCAGAAGUUAUCAGAGGCGAGAAGUACGACGGCAGGCGGGCGGACGUCUGGAGCUGUGGCGUCAUCCUGUUCGCGCUCCUCGUGGGCGCCUUGCCCUUCGACCACGACAACCUGCGGCAGCUGCUGGAGAAGGUGAAGAGCGGGGUCUUCCACAUGCCCCACUUCAUCCCUCCUGACUGCCAGUCCCUGCUCAGGGGCAUGAUCGAGGUCAACCCAGAGAAGAGGCUCACGCUAGAAGCAAUACAGAAACACGCCUGGUAUCUGGGGGGUCGGAACGAACCCUGCCCGGAGCAGCCUCCCCCCAGGCGGGUCUGUGUGCGCCGCAUCCUGUCCCUCACCGAGCUGGACCCUGAUGUGCUGGACAGCAUGCACUCACUGGGAUGCUUCAGGGACCGAGUGAAGCUCGCACGAGACCUGCAGUGUGAGGAAGAAAAUCAGGAGAAGAUGAUCUAUUACCUCCUCCUUGACCGAAAAGAGCGGUAUCCUAGUUGUGAGGAUGAAGACCUGCCACCCAGGAAUGACAUUGACCCGCCCAGGAAGCGAGUGGACUCCCCGAUGCUGACCAGGCAUGGCCGCUCCCGGCCUGAGAGGAAGAGUCUGGAGGUGCUGAGCGUGACGGAGCAGGGCUCCCCGACCCCACCACGCCGAGCGCUGGAUACGGCAGCGCACAGCCAAAGGUCCCGGUCAGUCAGCGGAGCCUCUACGGGACUGUCCUCAAGUCCCCUGAGCAGUCCCAGGGUCACCCCCCAGGGCUCUCCACUCCCCACCCCACUUGGUACCCCCGUCCACCACCCCCAGCACCCCUCUCCUACCCCUCCCUCUUCUUCUUCUUCCUCUUCUUCUUCACGGGCGGAGGGUGGAGGCGUCGGAGUCGGCUCCCUCUCCCUGACCCCACCAUCCAGUCCCGGAGGUGGCGGUGGCAUGGCAGCCAGUAGCUCCGCCCACUGGAGGACCCGCCUCAACUCCUUUAAAAACAACCUGCUGGGGUCGCCUCGCUUCCACCGGCGCAAGCUGCAAGUUCCCACAUCAGAAGACAUGUCCAGCCUAACCCCUGAGUCCAGCCCUGAACUUGCAAAGAAGUCCUGGUUUGGAAACUUCAUCAGCCUAGAGAAGGAAGAGCAAAUCUUCGUGGUGAUCAGAGACAAACCCCUCAGCUCCAUCAAAGCCGACAUUGUGCAUGCCUUUCUUUCGAUCCCCUCCCUCAGUCACAGCGUCGUCUCCCAGACAAGCUUCAGGGCAGAAUACAAAUCCUCAGGCGGGCCAUCCGUCUUCCAGAAGCCCGUCAAGUUCCAGGUGGACAUCGCAUUCUCUGAGGCGGAGAGGGAGCGGGAGCGAACAGAACGGGAGGGCCGCAGGGAGACCGGCAUCUACAGCGUGACCUUCACCCUCAUAUCGGGUCCCAGCCGCAGGUUCAAGCGGGUGGUGGAGUCCAUCCAGGCCCAGCUGCUCAGCACCCACGACCAGCCUUCAGUGCAGGCCCUGGCCGAUGAGAAGAACGGGCAGAUGUCCUCACGGCCCCCGGGCACCCCAACACGGCAGAACUCUCGCCGCUCAGAGGGAGGCGGAGACAGGGGCGAGUGGGUUGACCGAGGAGAAGGAGGAGGCGUGGGAGGGAGUGGCGGCGCCUUACAGCGGAGGGGGUCUGGGAAGGAGAAGACCCGGCUGCUGUCCUCCAAUGGAACGCAGUCACAGCCCUGAGAAGAACCCGCAAUACCAACUUCAAACAGUAGAUGGCCUGGUGUUCACCCCUAGAGAGAAGAAGGUCUCCACAAAAAUUCCUCAUCAAAAUAGUAAAUCUCUUAGUAAAUCUCAGAGAAUGUGAAACUUUCCCAAAGAAAAAAGCUUUUAAUAUAAUGCAAUAUGGAGGUGUUCUUGUCAUAGUAAACAAGAGUUUGUAUAAAUUAUAAAGGAAACCAAAAAUGGAAACAAGAUAAGAAUCAAGUGAAAAUGCUCACUAUUCUACAUUCCUACACAAAGAAUUAUUACUUGUGUAAAGUUGUGCAGGUUUUUGGUGCAGCAGCAACAAUGCGGGAAGAUUUCAAAACUGAAAAUUUGUUCAAUGCACCCUGGAUAUGAGAGAGGGAGACCCUUCCUUAAGAGCUCGAUGAAUGCUGCAGAUAGCGAUCAGCAGGGGGGGCUAUUCUACUAAACUGACCCUGCAUAUAUUUAAGGUAUAAAUAUGUAAUUUCCCCUGUCUCCACAAACUAUACUCUGGAGCAAAUAAUAAAGACACAGUCCAAAUUUUUAAGCAAACUGGAAAUCCCCAGCUGAAGAAACGUUAAGUAAAAAUAACAAAAUGAAGAUGGAAAACUGGCUCACAUCUCACCUGGAUCAUUUCCUUGCUUCAGAAGUCGUUUUAACAUCUGGGGAUUUUUUUUUCUCAGAGAUUUAACCAAUGUAGCAAAUAUGCAUCUCAUUUAAAGGCACAAGUAUAUAUUUAAGCAGUUGCAUCAUCUCAUCUGAUGAUUUUAGUCUUAACUUUUGUUUCCAAGGGAUUAAAUAGCAAACAAACCAGGCACAAGCCAUCAUAGAGCAGUAUAAGUAAAUGAGAAAAACCUUCACAUAAUUGGAGCAAAUGAAUCCUCAUCUUGCAGUUUCCUUUUUGCUGUAAACAGAUGGAUAAGAGGCAUUUCCUUUUCUCCAGCUGAGGCGUCUAUCCAAAGUAAAUGGAUGGUGGAGCUGGUCUCACUUACACUUUAUGAAUUCAGGGAUAUGGAAAAUACCUUCGGCCAAGAGCAUUCCGACGAAAUCUGGCAAAUAAAAUGUUGUCAGCCUAUUAUGCAAUUAAGUGAAUUGAGGAGUGUGAAUGUGGUUUCCCAAAAUGCUCAAAUGCAGUGCACCAACUAAAAUGUCUCUUGUUUCUAAAAUCGAUGAAGUCACUGGAAAAAAAAUAUCUGACCAGGCUUUGCAGAAGAGGAAGAAGGCAAUUACCAAGCCAAGCCUGUUUUUAAUAACCCCUCAGUCCUCUGUGGCAAAAUGUUGGGCAAGAGAAUGAAGUAAAAUGAAAAAAGAAAAAAAAAAUCUCAGCCAGUAAGGACAGACCUCUGGAGCUUGUAUGUUCAAUAUCAGAAAAUGAAUAAAACCAGAGACAGUGACUCUGUAACUGAGGAAAAAAACAAUGCCUGGGAAAAUAAUAAAAGAACUGUGUGAAAAACAUGCAAAAAUGAAAAAUGAACAUCUUUUCAAAGCUUGUUUUGCAACUUUAAUAUUUUGUUUUUGCUGAAUGAAGGACCGAAAAAUGAACCUGGUGAAUGUCAAAGAACUAUUUAUUGUAUUUAUUUAUGCUUAUUUAAACUUAUUUAUUUUAAAGAAGAGGAUAAAGAAAUCAGCAGAACAGUGAAGAAAUGACAGACCAAUGAAUGAAACUGAAGAAAUAACAAUGAAAUCCUAGCUAAACAAAUGCUCAAUAAAAAUGAUUGUUGAAAUGGCAGUUACUGUAGGUCCAUUAUUAGAAAAGAAUCUUUUUUUAAAGCGUAAGUUAAUUUUUGUAUGUUUUUUUCUUCAUUUGAAAAAGACAUUUACAAGAAAUGGUUAAAAAAGUGAUCUAGAUGUUCGCUUGUACAUUUUAGAAAAAAAAACAGAAAUUAAUACAAAAACCUUGAGGAAAAACAAACGUGCAAAUACCAAGAAGAAACAGAAUGACUGUGCUGCUCCUGUUUAUUUCCAGCCAUAGAUGUGACACUGAUUAUCUCAAAGACUCCAGGACUAAGGAUUUGAUUAACUGAAUGAUUCUCUGUGAACAUCUCCCACGUAAAAUGCAGUAUUCACAGUCUGAAUUAAUGUAAUAGAUACAAAGUCAACAAUAAUACUCUUCUCAGAUACUGGACUGAAAACUGGACAUGCAUUUUCCAGAUGUAAUACUGGGCAGGAAGACGAAUUAAGUAAUUACCUUCCCUUAAUCCUGAACCAUGACAAAUAUGUUACUGUCCACGCUUUUCCAUCACCCCGACUGCAAGAACUUAAAAGACAAUGACGUUCUUGUGCACAGAAGACUAAGUCAAAGAUGAGGCAUCAUUCUAGUUACUCUUCUGUCUCUUUACACUAUUUUACUGAUUAGCACAGGGCUUCCAUGCUGAAUGAAUUAUUCUGUAUCCAGCAGUUACAAGCUAUACAACAACAGAUGUACUUUGUUUGAACUUCACUGGUGAUUACGAGGUCAUCCUGCUACCCUGUUCGCCAGAAAACUCAGUUUCUGUAAUCACCGUGCUAUGCGGCAGGCUAUACCACAGAAUAUUUUUAUAGUCAAUCACAGGCAAUGGUUUAUUGCAUGCGUCUGAGUUUAUUAAAGUAAACUAAAUGACACGCAGACACAGCUACCUUUGGUUACAAUUGCCCCAUCUAUGUGUUCUGUACUUGUCUUGGGAAUAAUUGGUUGUUAAGAAACGUAAGAAGUAUUUUCUAAAAAAACAUUGUCAAGAGUUAUGUACGUGCUCCAUACCUGACCCUUCAUGUCAUUUAUAAUUUUUCUUUCUGCAAACCCAGCUGAAUAUCAAGGCCUAUGCUUGUAUGUGAGCUCUUGUGCGACUCCUGUAUUUGCUUUAGCUACGGGCGCCGGCUGCUGGUUUCACUGGCUGUCUUUCUGUGUACGUAAGUAUACAUGUCCGCUCGAGAGCUGAAAGAUGCCGGAGGAACGAUGACAACGUUAAAAGACAGAUAGAUGAACUAGAGUGAUACACUUCGAUACAUUUACUUUUAUGGUAAAUGUAUGCUGUGUGGGAUAGGCUCCAGCCCACCACAAUCCCCCCCCCCCACCCGCACACACACACACUCAACACUAACUAAGAUAGGGUAGAAAGCCCGAUGGAUGGAAAACUACUUCGCUAUUUACAUACACCGGCUGGUGUAUUUCAAUUAAGACGUGGCUCUUCAGACAGUGCCCUCCCCCUCCUUCAUUUUCCUGCUUCCCCACCAGUAGGUCUCUGUCCUGCUUGAUCCCCUGUCCUGCUGUGCUGGGUAUAUAUAAAUACACAUACACAGCCCUGUUCUCCUGGCAUUGUAGACAUGAUGCACAGCCCACUCCUACCCCAGAAUCCUCCUUUUGUUAUAAACAGUAAAUGUAAACUCAUCUGUCUCCUGUUUCACCAUAUGAUUAUACUUAUCAUUAUAAUUGAUUAUUCCAGUUAAAAUUGUAAAGCAUAUCCUCUUUCCCCAUGCACAGUACAGGAUGUUUUUCCUAUUAAAAUCUGAAAAACAAAAAAGCAAAACAAUACUAAAAAGAAAUGUCUGUAUUAUACUAUAAAGAUGAAAGUGCACUAUUAUUACUAUUAUUGCCUGUGAUUAAAAAUGAACAAUAAUGACAUUGAUUAUAGUCAUAAAUAAAACAAAUAUCACCUUAUUAUGGUUAUUAUAAUAAACUUUUAAAAAGUGUGCUUUCAGUGUGGUGUUCCUUUGAAUGUCGGUGUCUCUGACAGCAAAACAGGUCUCUUUUUUCAGCAUUAAGAGAACAGGUCAGCAUAUAGCAAAAAUCUGAUAGCAUCCCAAAUUCUACAUUAAAAAGGUUUAGAUUAAUUAAAGCUGUUGCCUAAAAUGAUUGGGUAUGAAUUUGUCAUAGCAAAAAUAUAUGUAUAGUGAACUCACAGUAUAGCUCAAUCAUGUCAUUGUUGAUAAUCAUGCCAACCUGAUUGUCUACCUAGAAUAUGAAAUUUACAUACGAUGUGUACAUCUGUCUCAAUGGCCUGAAGCCACCGCUGCAAGAUUAUAAAUUACACACAUCAGCACAAUAUUGACACUCAUAAUAUAAAAUUCUGAAACACAUGAUCCCUGACAAUAAGUAGUGAAAACAGAUUUGACUGAGUAUUAAAUUCUAGUUUGUUAAAAUUAUAUUUGUGUAUCAUUUAUACUAAUCAGAUACAUUUGGCAAUAAGUCAUUUUAUGUACAACUAUUCUGAUAAAGUUUGGCUGAGUUAAUGUAUAUAUACCUAUAUCUCAUGUCCUGUGUUCUCUCUAACAACCCAGGAUAAGUGGAUAGACGAUGGAUGGAUGGAUGGUUAUAUUUUUUAAAUAUCUCUCUCUCUCUCUCUCUCUCUCUCACACACACACACACACUCUCUAUAUAUUUUUUUUCCCAAUUUAUCUUUAAUUUCCUAACCCAUUAACUUUAAUCUGCUACUUUUAUCUGUUCCCAAACCUCAAUAUUUAACUUCUGUUUGUAUGAAUGUUGCCCCCUGGCAUCACACUACCAGUGCCCUUUGCACGGUGACAUGCCUUGCCAAUAUUUUGCACCUUAUUGCCAUUGGACUCAUACUGGUUGUUUCUGUUGUCUUUAUUUACUUAUUUUGUCCCUCCUGAUUGCAUUAGUAUUUAAUUUUUUAUAUUCUGAUUGUAUUUCCUGUAAAUCUUGUAUGUACUGUAGAUUAUACUAUGUGUACAUUCUAUUUAAUUUUUAUUAUAUUGUACCUGAGACUUAUUUGUUCAGUUUUUUUUUCUGUAUACCCUUGCUGACUAAAGGAAUUUUCCCCCAGGGGGAUCAAUAAAGUAUUAUCAAUCAA